GGUCUCCACCACCUGCUCUUCCUGUUCUCAGCUUCCGUCCUCUUGGCUUCCUUGCAGCACCCCCACCUGCUAGAGCUGAGCCUCCCAGGCCCUGCCUAACCUCAAGUGGGCCCUCAAGCCCUCUGCCUGCAGAAGUUUCUUUACCCCCAAUGAGAGGAGCGGCGGAUCCGGGUCUGGAGAGCUGAGAGUGGAGGGUACUGAGCCAACGCGUAGACCUGUCACCUCCGUCCCUGAAGCCACUCGUACCCUCCAUGCGGAGCCAGGAUGGGGAACAGAGCUGAGGAAGAUUAUAACUUUGUCUUCAAGGUGGUGCUGAUCGGCGAGUCAGGCGUGGGGAAGACCAAUCUGCUGUCCCGGUUCACGCGGAACGAGUUCAGCCACGACAGCCGCACCACCAUCGGGGUUGAGUUCUCCACCCGCACGGUCAUGCUGGGCACGGCCGCUGUCAAGGCUCAGAUCUGGGACACGGCUGGCCUGGAGCGGUACCGAGCCAUCACCUCUGCGUACUAUCGUGGUGCGGUGGGGGCCCUGCUGGUGUUUGACCUAACUAAGCACCAGACCUAUGCCGUGGUGGAGCGCUGGCUGAAGGAGCUCUAUGACCACGCCGAGGCCACGAUCGUGGUCAUGCUCGUGGGCAACAAGAGUGACCUCCAGCAGGCCCGGGAGGUACCCACUGAAGAGGCCCGAAUGUUUGCCGAAAACAAUGGGCUGCUAUUCCUGGAGACCUCAGCCCUGGAUUCCACCAAUGUCGAGCUGGCCUUCGAGACUGUCCUCAAAGAGAUCUUCAGCAAAGUGUCCAAGCAGAGGCAGAACAGUAGCCGGACCAACGCCAUCGCUCUGGGCAGGGCCCAGGCUGGGCAGGAGCCGGGCCCUGGCGAGAAGAGGGCCUGUUGCAUCAGCCUCUGACCCUGGCUAGCGCCCGCCCUGCCCCCACUGGCUUUUUGGUGCCCCACUCCCACCCCAGCUCCAGGACCUCUGCCUGGCCUGUGGUUCCGGAUGUCAGAGUGGUCCCAUGGAGCUCCAAGAUCUUCCCGAUCCCCCACCCGUUUCUUUAUUACUUGUCGUCCCCCAACCCCAGCCACAGAUCUGGCCUUCAAAUAAAGCUGUGUUUUGUACCAAUGUC